CAUUGCUCAUUUUUAUUUCGUGUUUAGCGGUCGUGCGCGUUCCGGGAUAUUAUCAAGAGACGUGUAAACAAACAUGACCGUCCUCAACAUAGACACUCCACCAGUAGAUGCCCCAUCGCCAGAUUCUCCACCUGCAGAAGCUCGACCAGCCAAUGGACCAUAUCAAAAUCACAUAAAUAUCAAAGUAUGCAGACGAGACGGAACAAGCCUUCAAUUUCUCAUCAAAAAGACUACACCGUUUGACAGAUUGAUGAAAACGUACUGUACAAGAUCUGACUUGCCUUUGAAUGGUGUCAGAUUACGGUUCAAUGGAAUACAAGUUUGUAGGCUUGAUACACCUUUAUCUCUAGAGAUGGAAGAAGGCGAUUUCCUAGAGGCACUUCAUGACUUUUAAACAGAUACUUGUUAAUGUAUAACAAUGAUGGAUGUAAACAUGUAUGUUUAUAUUAUAUUAAUUAUAUGCAAUA